AUGUUGACUACAACCAUGUUUGUUUUCUUGCAGGGGGACAUCCAGCAGUUGUUGAUCAUAGGUGACCCCAAAGCAGCAUAUGACUACUGUGAGCAUUAUAGUCCAGACUGUGAUUCUUCAGCACCCAAGGCUGCUCAGGCUCAGGAACCUCAGAUAGAUGAGUAUGCACCUGAGGAUAUAAUCGAAUAUGACUAUGAGUAUGGGGAAGCAGACUAUAAAGAGGCUGAAAGUGUAACAGAAAGACCCACUGUAUCUGAGGAGACAAUAGCACAAACAGAGGCAAAUAUUGUUGAUGAUUUUCAAGAGUACAACUAUGGAACAAUGGAAAGUUACCAGACAGAAGCUCCUAGGAGUGUAUCAGGAUCAAAUGAGCCAAAUCCAGUUGAAGAAGUAUUCACUGAAGAAUAUCUAACUGGAGAGGAUUAUGAUUCCCAGAGGAAAAAUUCCGAGGAUACACUAUAUGAAAACAAAGGGAUAGACGGCAGGGACUCUGAUCUUCUGGUAGAUGGAGAUUUAGGCGAAUAUGAUUUUUAUGAAUAUAAAGAAUAUGAAGAUAAACCAACAAGUCCCCCUAAUGAAGAAUUCGGUCCAGGUGUACCAGCAGAAAUUGAUAUCACAGAAACAAGCAUAAAUGGACAUGUUGCAUACGGAGAAAAGGGACAGAAAGGAGAGCCAGCAGUGGUUGAACCUGGCAUGCUUGUUGAAGGACCACCAGGGCCAGCAGGACCUGCGGGUCUUAUCGGUCCUCCAGGUCUACAAGGCCCCACUGGACCUCCUGGUGACCCUGGUGAUAGGGGGCCCCCAGGACGUCCUGGCUUACCAGGGGCUGAUGGUCUACCUGGUCCUCCUGGUACCAUGCUAAUGUUACCGAUUGCUCUGAGAGGCCCACCUGGCCCAAUGGGUCUAACUGGAAGACCAGGUCCUGUGGGGGGGCCUGGUUCUUCUGGGGCCAAAGGUGAGAGUGGUGAUCCAGGUCCUCAGGGGCCUCGAGGUGUCCAAGGUCCCCCUGGUCCAACAGGAAAACCUGGAAAAAGGGGCCGUCCAGGUGCUGAUGGAGGAAGAGGAAUGCCAGGAGAACCUGGGGCCAAGGGAGAUCGAGGGUUUGAUGGACUUCCAGGUCUACCAGGUGAUAAAGGUCACAGGGGUGAACGAGGUCCCCAAGGUCCUCCCGGUCCUCCUGGCGAUGAUGGAAUGAGGGGAGAAGAUGGAGAAAUAGGACCAAGGGGUCUUCCAGGUGAAGCUGGUCCACGAGGUUUGCUGGGACCUAGGGGAACUCCAGGACCUCCAGGGCAGCCUGGUAUCGCAGGUGUAGAUGGCCCACCAGGACCAAAAGGGAACAUGGGUCCCCAAGGGGAGCCUGGACCACCAGGUCAGCAAGGGAACCCAGGACCUCAAGGUCUUCCUGGUCCACAAGGUUCAAUUGGUCCUCCUGGUGAAAAAGGACCACAAGGAAAACCAGGGCUUGCUGGACUUUCUGGCGCUGAUGGGCCUCCUGGUCACCCUGGAAAAGAAGGCCAGUCUGGAGAAAAGGGUGCUCUGGGUCCUCCUGGUCCACAGGGUCCUAUUGGUUACCCUGGUCCCCGAGGAGUAAAGGGAGCAGAUGGUGUCAGAGGUCUCAAGGGAUCUAAAGGUGAAAAGGGUGAAGAUGGUUUUCCAGGAUUCAAAGGUGACAUGGGUCUGAAAGGUGACAGAGGAGAAGUUGGUCAAAUAGGCCCAAGAGGAGAAGAUGGACCUGAAGGCCCCAAAGGUCGAGCAGGCCCAACUGGGGACCCAGGUCCUUCUGGCCAAGCAGGAGAAAAGGGGAAACUUGGAGUUCCAGGAUUACCAGGAUAUCCAGGAAGACAAGGUCCAAAGGGUUCCACUGGAUUUCCUGGGUUUCCAGGUGCCAAUGGAGAGAAAGGUGCACGGGGAGUAGCUGGCAAACCAGGUCCUCGGGGUCAGCGUGGUCCAACGGGUCCUCGAGGCUCAAGAGGUGCAAGAGGUCCCACUGGGAAACCCGGGCCAAAGGGCACUUCAGGUGGUGACGGCCCUCCUGGCCCUCCAGGUGAAAGGGGUCCUCAAGGACCUCAGGGUCCAGUUGGAUUCCCUGGACCAAAGGGUCCUCCUGGACCACCUGGAAAGGAUGGACUUCCAGGACACCCUGGGCAACGUGGGGAAACUGGAUUUCAAGGCAAGACUGGCCCUCCUGGGCCAGGGGGUGUUGUUGGACCACAGGGACCAACUGGUGAGACUGGUCCAAUAGGUGAACGCGGGCAUCCUGGCCCUCCUGGCCCUCCUGGUGAGCAAGGUCUUCCUGGUGCUGCAGGAAAAGAAGGUGCAAAGGGUGACCCAGGUCCACAAGGUGUCUCAGGGAAAGAUGGACCAGCAGGACUUCGUGGUUUCCCAGGUGAAAGAGGUCUUCCUGGAGCUCAGGGUGCAUCUGGACUGAAAGGAGGGGAAGGUCCCCAGGGCCCACCAGGUCCAGUUGGUUCACCUGGAGAACGUGGAUCAGCAGGUACAGCUGGCCCAAUUGGUUUGCCAGGGCGUCCAGGACCCCAGGGUCCUCCUGGCCCAGCUGGAGAGAAAGGUGCUCCUGGAGAAAAAGGUCCCCAGGGCCCUGCAGGCAGAGAUGGUGUACAAGGUCCCGUAGGUCUCCCAGGGCCAGCUGGUCCUGCUGGCUCCCCCGGAGAAGAUGGAGACAAGGGUGAAAUUGGUGAGCCAGGACAAAAAGGCAGCAAGGGUGACAAAGGAGAAAAUGGUCCUCCUGGACCCCCAGGUCUCCAAGGACCAGUUGGUGCCCCUGGAAUUGCUGGAGGUGACGGUGAACCAGGUCCCAGAGGACAGCAGGGAAUGUUUGGACAAAAAGGUGAUGAGGGUGCAAGAGGUUUCCCUGGACCUCCUGGUCCCAUCGGUCUUCAGGGUCUGCCAGGCCCACCUGGUGAAAAAGGUGAAAAUGGGGAUGUCGGUCCCAUGGGUCCACCUGGUCCUCCAGGCCCAAGAGGCCCUCAAGGUCCCAAUGGAGCCGAUGGGCCACAAGGACCCCCAGGAUCUAUUGGUUCGGUUGGUGGUGUUGGAGAAAAGGGUGAACCUGGAGAAGCAGGAAACCCAGGGCCCCCUGGAGAGGCAGGCCCAGGUGGUCCCAAAGGAGAAAGAGGAGAGAAAGGAGAAGCUGGUCCACCUGGUGCUGCUGGACCUCCUGGUGCUAAGGGGCCACCAGGUGACGAUGGCCCUAAGGGCAACCCGGGUCCUGUUGGUUUUCCUGGAGAUCCUGGUCCUCCUGGGGAACCUGGCCCUGCAGGUCAAGAUGGUGUUGGUGGUGACAAGGGUGAAGAUGGAGAUCCUGGGCAACCGGGUCCUCCUGGUCCAUCUGGUGAGGCUGGCCCACCAGGUCCUCCUGGAAAAAGAGGUCCUCCUGGAGCUGCCGGUUCAGAGGGAAGACAAGGGGAAAAAGGUGCUAAGGGAGAAGCAGGUGCUGAAGGUCCUCCUGGAAAAACUGGCCCAGUCGGUCCUCAAGGACCAGCCGGAAAGCCUGGUCCAGAAGGUCUUCGGGGCAUCCCUGGCCCUGUGGGAGAACAAGGUCUCCCUGGAGCUGCAGGCCAAGAUGGACCACCUGGUCCUAUGGGACCUCCUGGCUUACCUGGUCUCAAAGGUGAUCCCGGCUCCAAGGGUGAGAAGGGACAUCCUGGUUUAAUUGGCCUGAUUGGUCCUCCGGGAGAACAAGGGGAGAAAGGUGACAGAGGACUCCCUGGAACUCAGGGAUCUCCAGGAGCAAAGGGGGAUGGGGGAAUCUCAGGUCCUGCUGGUCCCAUAGGUCCACCUGGUCCUCCAGGCUUACCAGGUCCUCAAGGCCCAAAGGGUAACAAAGGCUCUACUGGGCCUGCUGGCCAGAAGGGUGACAGUGGUCUUCCCGGGCCUCCUGGGCCUCCGGGUCCACCUGGUGAAGUCAUUCAGCCUUUACCAAUCUUGUCUCCCAAAAAAACAAGAAGACAUACUGAAAGUAUGCAAGCAGAUGCAGAUGAUAAUAUUCUUGAUUACUCGGAUGGAAUGGAGGAAAUUUUUGGUUCCCUCAAUUCCCUGAAACAAGACAUUGAGCAUAUGAAGUUUCCAAUGGGUACUCAGACCAACCCAGCCAGAACUUGCAAAGACCUGCAACUCAGCCAUCCUGACUUCCCAGAUGGUGAAUAUUGGAUUGAUCCUAACCAAGGUUGUUCAGGAGAUUCCUUCAAAGUUUACUGUAAUUUCACGUCUGGUGGUGAGACUUGCAUUUAUCCAGACAAAAAAUCUGAGGGAGUCAGAAUUUCAUCGUGGCCAAAGGAGAAACCAGGAAGUUGGUUUAGUGAAUUUAAGAGAGGAAAACUGCUUUCAUAUUUAGAUGUUGAAGGCAAUUCCAUUAAUAUGGUGCAAAUGACAUUUCUGAAACUUCUCACUGCCUCUGCUCGGCAAAACUUCACCUACAACUGUCAUCAGUCAGCAGCCUGGUAUGACAUGUCAUCAGGAAGUUAUAACAAAGCACUUCGAUUCCUGGGAUCAAAUGAUGAGGAGAUGUCCUAUGACAAUAACCCUUACAUCAAAGCACUACACGAUGGCUGUGCGUCCAAAAAAGGCUAUGAAAAGACUGUGAUUGAAAUCAAUACACCAAAAAUUGAUCAAGUACCUAUUGUUGAUGUCAUGAUCAAUGACUUUGGUGAUCAGAAUCAGAAGUUUGGAUUUGAAGUUGGUCCUGUCUGUUUUCUUGGCUAAGAUUAGGACAAAGAACAUAUGAAAUUAACAGAAAAUAUACCUUGGUGUCACCAACCCAUUUUGUGCCACAUGCAAGUUUUGAAUAAGGAUGGUAGAGAAGACAACUUGCUAAGUCUAUGUGUACCAUUUAGGAUAUUCUGAUGCCCUUAUGGGGGCAGAAUCACAUGACAAAAGCUUUGAAAAUCGUCGUAAAAAUAUAAGGUAAUGUGGCUGAGAUGGAAAAAGGGCUGAUUCUUGAUUCCCGAUUCUCAUCUCUCCUUUUUCUAUUUGGAUUUCUUUGGUGCUGUAGGAAACAAAAAGAGAAAAAUAUAUAUUCAUGAAAAAAUAUGGUGCUCAUUCCCAUCCAUCAAGGAUUUGCUAAAACAGUGUAUCUAAUAAAUUGUAAUUAUUUUAUGUACAGUUCUAUACUGUUAUCUAUGUGUCCAUUUCCAAAACUUGCACGUGUCUCUGAAUUCCAUCUGACUCUAAUUUUAUGACAAUUGCAGAUCUAUGAUGGCAAUAAAUAUAUGUAUUAUGAAAAAAUAAAGUUGUAAUUUCUGAUGACUCUAAUUCCCUUUCAUUGAUUAAUAAUAAAAUGCCUUUGUAUAUAUUGA